AUGAAGAGUUUAAGGAGAGAUUUGUCGGCCAACCCGCAAGCCGCAAAUGUCACUAGCAAGGUCUACGUGAGGUCCUUGAAAAAUGGAAAGGUGCAAAAGAUUGUCCGCGAGCUCUAUCUGAGAGAAGAUAUUCCUUGCUCUUCCAAGCUCUGCGGACAAUGUCCGACCAUCGCGCCGGCUGACGCCAAUGGAAACAUUGCGCCGUUCGUCCUAUCCGAUCGCCCCGCAGGUACGACGGCGUUCCCGCGAGGCCACUACCUUGUCCCCGAUACAAAUGCGCUACUCAAUGGAAUGGAUCUUUUCGAGCAUACUGGUGCUUUCUACGAUGUGAUUGUUCUUCAAACUGUUCUCGAGGAACUGAAAAACCGAUCGCUGCCACUGUACAAUCGACUACUGGCGCUAGUCAAGUCCGACGAAAAGCGCUUUUACCUUUUCUUCAACGAGUUUCGCCGAGAGACUCAUGUUCGGAGAGGACCGGACGAAUCGAUCAACGACCGAAAUGAUCGCGCGGUGCGCCUGGUAGCCAGCUGGUACAGCUCCCACCUGCAACAGUCAAUAAGGAAGGGAAAGAAGGAGAAGGCGAUUCCAGCGAUCGUGGUUAUCACUGACGACAAAGAGAACCUUCGAAAAUGCAAGGAAGAAAAUGUGACAGCUUUGUCGCUAUCUGACUACGUCUCUGGCUUGGAGGGGUCGGACAUGUUGCUGGAUAUGAUCAGUGAGUCGAAGGAUGCACGAGACUCCAAGGAAACAAACCGUGGGGAACUGUUCUAUCCCGAAUACUAUUCCAUGUCAAAACUCAAGACUGGCCUAGGAGCAGGGACACUGCACCAAGGAGUCUUCAAUGUCUCUCCCUACAACUACUUGGAAGCCUCCGUCAAAACCGCGUCUUUCGAUAAGCCGCUGCUCAUCCUGGGCCGUGACAACAGCAACCGCGCAAUCGCGGGUGAUUCUGUUGUGGUCGAAGUACUGCCGCAAGACCAGUGGAAGAGCCCUUCGACUAAGAUCAUGGACGAGGAGGCAGUGACCCGCAAUGACAACCCUGAAACCGAGGAGACCGAAGCUGUGGUGUCAGAAAGAGAACGCAAAGCUCUCCAAGAAGAAGUCAAAAAGGCCCAUGGCAAGACCUCGGAAGGAAAGCCACAACCUACCGCCAAGGUUGUAGGUGUGAUCAAGCGUGGCUGGCGCCAAUACGUUGGCCACGUUGACUCGAACUCCACUGGCGCACAGUCUUCUGGUAGACGGCAACAAAAUGUCUUCUUACUGCCCAUGGACAAGCGUAUUCCUAAGAUUCGAGUACGCACGAGACAGGCUGCCAACAUCGUUGGUCAGCGCAUUCUCGUCACCAUCGAUGCUUGGGACCGAGAUUCUCGAUACCCCACCGGUCACUUCAUUCGGUCUUUGGGAGAGCUUGAAACCAAGGGAGCUGAAACGGAAGCUCUGCUUCUUGAAUAUGACGUGCAGUAUAAGCCAUUCCCCAAGUCAGUCCUGGAUUGCCUCCCAUCUGAAGGACAUGAUUGGAAGGUCCCUGUCUCGAAGGAAGACAAGGGUUGGAACGGCCGGAAAGAUCUUCGAGACUUGCUUAUUUGCAGUAUUGAUCCCCCCGGCUGUCAGGAUAUUGACGACGCACUCCAUGCUCGUGUCCUACCUAAUGGCAACUUUGAGGUCGGUGUUCACAUUGCAGACGUGUCGCAUUUCGUCAAACCCAACAACCCCAUGGAUCUCGAGGCCAGUAUUCGUGGAACCACUGUUUACUUAGUCGACAAGCGUAUCGACAUGCUUCCGCAUCUUCUUGGUACCGACCUGUGCUCUCUUAAGCCCUACGUUGAACGAUAUGCCUUCUCCGUUUUGUGGGAGAUGACCCCAGAUGCUGAGAUUGUGUCCUCGAAUUUCACCAAAUCAGUCAUUCGCUCUCGGGAAGCGUUCAGCUACGAACAGGCUCAGUUGCGCAUUGACGACAAAUCACAAAACGACGAGCUGACCCAGAGCAUGCGCACCCUGUUGAAGUUUUCCAAAAUCCUCCGUCAGAAGCGCAUGGACGCUGGUGCUUUGAACCUUGCUUCCCCGGAAGUCCGCAUUGAGGCCGAUAGCGACGAAGUUGGUGAUCCAUUGACGGAUGUUAAGACUAAGGCCAUGCUUGACACCAACAGCUUGGUCGAAGAGUUCAUGCUUCUUGCCAAUAUCACCGUCGGAACUAAGGUCUACGAGUCCUUCUCUCAGACAGCGUUGCUACGUCGGCACGCCACGCCCCCGCCUCAGAAUUUCGAGGAACUCCAAAACCAACUCUCCAAGAAGCGGAAUAUGGAGCUUGAUGUCUCAAGCUCACGAGCACUGGCUGACUCCUUGGACCGUUGUGUCGAUCCUAAGAACCCAUUCUUCAACACCCUCGUCCGUAUCUUGGCAACCCGUUGCAUGACAUCUGCAGAAUAUUUCUGUGCUGGUGCCUUUGCCGAGUCUGAGUUCCGCCAUUACGGUCUUGCUUCGCCUAUCUAUACCCACUUCACUUCACCCAUCCGACGAUACGCCGAUCUCAUGGUGCACCGGCAAUUGGCUUCUGCCAUUGGCUAUGAAGGAGAGGAUGGACAUGCGAUUAACGAGGGUGUCGCUACCCGCAACAAGCUGGAAGACAUCUGCCGUAACAUCAACGUCCGUCACCGCAAUGCACAACAUGCCGGUCGCGCUAGUAUCGAGUACUACGUCGGUCAGGCUCUGAAGGCCCGUGGAGAGAAGAUGGCGGCCGAUGGCGUUGAUGCAGGUAUCGAAGAAGAAGGUUACGUCAUGCGUGUAUUCGAGAAUGGAGUCGUCAUCUUCGUUCCUCGCUUCGGUAUUGAAGGUGUCGUUCGUCUGGAAGACUUUGUCCUGCCCGGCGAGUCUGGAGCUCGCUCUGUCGCCGAGAGACGGGAGCUGGUUCCUCACCGUACCACGGACUUCGAUAACGAGGAAUACACCCUUCGAGUGUCAGAGAAGGGCCAUCCAGAAGCUGAACGCAGUGUCACUGUCGAACUAUUCCAGAAAGUUCGUGUCAACAUCAGCUCCGUCAAGGAAGAGGGUCGCGGCGCCGGCAAGAGAAGGGUACGGAUUUUGGUUACGCAGGCAUGA